GGGUAUCUGCUUAAAUUCGUUCCAUCCAUCAGUUCAUAAGUUAUCGGGAUUUCCAAGUUUUCUCAAGUUUGUCUGCUUCUGUCGGUUUUCGCAAGCGUGGGAGCCUCGUUUCAACAUCUAAGCCGGAAGUGAGAAUAUUUUUGUAAUAAUUCAUUCUUGGAAGUCAGUGCAUUGCGACAGGUAGUAGACCGGACUUCAAAACGUUGUGAAAACGGACAUACCAAGUUAAAAAUAUAUUUAUUUUUUGUUACAUUUUCUCGUGCAAUAGCAAAAAUGACUAUCAAAUGUUUGCUGUUAGAUAUUGAGGGAACCACAACAAGCAUCAGUUUUGUCAAAGAUGAACUAUUUCCAUACAUAAGAAAAGAACUUCAAACCUAUUUGGAGGCAAACUGGGACUCCUUGGAACUCCAAAAUGAUAUUGAAUUAUUGAGGAAACAAGCCAUAGAGGAUACCCUCACUCUAGUUGGGGUACCUGAAAUUGCUAGUUCUGAUCAAACACCUGCCUCUAUCAUGACCUCUGUUAUUGCCAAUGUCAAUUGGAAUAUGGAUCAGGAUAGAAAGAUGACAGCUUUAAAACAAUUGCAGGGCCACAUGUGGAGAAAAGGCUAUUCAUCAGGAGAAAUUCAUGGCCAUUUAUACGAAGAUGUCGAAGAAGCAUUGAAGCUGUGGACAUCUAGCGGCAAAAAAGUAUACAUUUAUUCUUCUGGAAGUGUUGAAGCGCAAAAACUUUUGUUUGGUCAUUCCGUUGCUGGAAAUCUGCUACAGUAUUUUUCUGGUCACUUUGAUACGCAAAUUGGCUUGAAAAUUGAAACAGCCAGCUAUCGGGAAAUAUGUAAAUCGACAGGAUUUGCACCGGAUGAGAUAUUGUUUCUUACUGACCUUCCAACAGAAGCCCUAGCUGCCAGCGAAGCUGGUGUCCAGGUCAAACUGCUGGUUAGACCUGGUAAUGCCCCAUUGACUGAAGAAAUAGUUCAACGUUUUGGCAUUUGCCGCGAUUUUCGAGAAAUCAAGUUAAUUGAUUAAAAAAAAAACAGGUGGUAAGAAAAGACAGAAAUAAACACUUGUUUCAUUUGAAA